AUGAACAAGACUGACCUUCCAUGGGCAAGCAAUGCCAAAGACCCAAAUGGGGAGGAAAAUUCACCUUGCAUUGUUGGGAUGGGCGCCAUCAUCUACUACUGCAUCCUCUUGGGUGUUGGUCUGCCAGUUAACAUUCUGACAGUGGUCGCGCUCUCCCGCCUGGCCGUUCGCACCCAGAAAUCCUCCUACUGGUACCUCCUGGCCCUCACGGCUUCUGACAUCAUGACGCAGGUCUUUGUCGUCUUCGCGGGCUUCAUCGUGCAGGCGGCCAUCUUGGCCCGCGAGGUCCCAGGUGCCCUUGCCCACAUCGUCAAUGUGCUGCAGUUCACAGCCAACCAUGCCUCCAUCUGGGUGACUGUCCUGCUGACUGCAGACCGCUACAUGGCCCUCUGCCGCCCCCUGCAGCACAGAACCAUUUCCUACCCUGAGCGCACCCGGAAGAUCAUCGGGGCCGUGUUUGCCGUGUCGCUCGCCACUGGAAUCCCCUUCUAUUGGUGGCACGAUGUUUGGCACGAUGCCUACCCACUCACCUCCACGAACCAGGCCCUGAAGUGGCUUCACUGCUUCCUCAUCUACUUUAUUCCCUGUAGCAUCUUCCUGGUGACCAAUUCUGUGAUCAUCUGGAAUCUCAAACACUCCAGUGGGCUCUACCGGCGCCUCAGCAAAUCCACAGCAAUUCUGCUGGCCAUCACGACCAUCUUCAUUGUCCUCUGGGCUCCACGGACCUUUGUCAUCAUCUACCACCUCUACGUGACCUCGGUCAAUCAGGACUGGCGCGUGCACCUGGCCCUUGAUGUGGCGAACAUGGUAGCCAUGCUCAACACUUCCCACAACUUCUUCCUCUACUGUUUUGUCAGUAAGACCUUCCGCUGCACCGUCCAGGAGGUGCUGCUGUCCUGCAGGCUCCCGUGUGCCCAAGCACCGAGGAAGAACGUCCCCUCAGGCCCAGGCCUGAAGCCACUGGCAGUCUUGGAAGGAGCCAGGGAGAUUGUCUUCCUUCUGCAACCAGCUCCAGCGUUGCUGAAAGAUCCCGCACAGCCCAAGGGGGCGCCGUCUCUCUGGUGCAGAUAA